AUGAAGCUCAACCCAAAGAAAUGUGUAUUUGGUGUAGCUUCGAGAAAAUUUUUGGGCUUCAUGAUCACUCACCGGGGGAUAGAAGCAAACCCCGAUAAGAUCCAAGCCUUGGCAACAAUGGAAUUGCCUAGAACUAAGAAAGAGGUGCAAAAAUUAAUGGGUAGGGUAGCAGCCCUAAAUAGGUUCAUGUCCCGAGCAGCAGACAGGAGCUUCCCUUUCUUCAAAGUUCUUAGAGGCAGCCAAUCCUUUGAAUGGAAUGAAGAGUGUGAAAAGGCUUUUCAAGAGCUCAAACAGACAUUAACGUCUCUUCCUAUCCUCACUAAAUCAGAGCCCGGGGAUACUUUGUUAUUGUACUUAGCCGUGUCUCAAAACGCAGUAAGCGGCGUCUUGGUGAAAGAGGUCAAUAGAGCCCAACAACCCAUUUACUACAUAAGUAAAGUCCUACUUGAUGCAGAGACCAGGUACACUUUGGCUGAACAACUUGCGCUUGCCCUAAUAGUGGCAACGCGAAAGCUUCAUCAAUAUUUUCAGUCUCAUCCCAUUAUGGCAAUUGAACUUGGAGAGUUUGACCUAGAGUUCAAACCCUGUCUGUCCAUUAAAGCCCAAGGCUUAGCGAAUUUCAUUGCAAAACUCAUCCCAAGGCCUCGGGGGCCAGAUGAGAGCUCGAGCACUACAACAAAUGUUUUGGCAAAUUUUCAUGGAUGGAGAUCAAACUCCUUAGGCUCGGGUGUUGGGGUCAUCAUCACAGGCCCGGACAUGCUCAUUGACAUUCAGUGUGCACUCAAGUUCAAAUUCGAGGCAACCAAUAAUGAGGUGGAGUAUAAGGCUAUCAUCAUAGCCAUGGAACUUGUCAUUAAUCUCGAACUUGAAAGCAUCAAAAUUUUUAGUGAUUCCCAGUUGGUGAGGUGUGAAAUUGUGAAGAUUGCCCGGGCUGACAAUCUCAAGGCAGAUGCCAUAUCAAGGCUAGUGUUCAUGGAAGUAGAUGGACUUGACAGAGCAAUACAUAUCAGACUUGUGACCGAGACUAACAUCAAUCCAACCAUUGAGGUCAUGGACAUUGAUCAUGAGUCAUCAUGGAUGGACCCAAUUGUGGAUUUCAUAACAAAUGACAAUCUUCCAGAGGAUCCUCAAGCAGCAAGGAAUGACCGGUUAAAAGCUCCAAGGUAUUGCAUUAUUGAUGGGGUCUUAUUUUGCAGAAGCCUCACACUUCUGUACCUUAGGUGCUUUAAGCCUUCGGUAUCCUCCCAAGCCCUAGCAAAAGUUCAUGAAGGAGUAUGCGAGAACCAUCAAGGAGCUCGGGCAUUAGCCUUAAAACUCAUAAGAUACGGGUAUUACUGGCCUACCAUGAAGAAAGAUGCCGUAGAAUAUGUGAAGGAGUGUGACAAGUGCCCGAGGUUCGGGAUACCGAAGGUCCUCAUAACUAAUUACAGCCGGCAGCUUGACAAUGUACAAUUCAAGGAUUUCUGUUCCAACCUAGGUGUUGACCACUGCCUGACGUCAAUUUCUCAUCCCCGAAGUAAUGUUCUAGCCGAGGUCACCAAUCGAAUUAUAUUACAAGACCUCCGAACAAGGAUUGGAGAUGUAAGAGGUUCUUGGUCCGAUGAGUUGCCUUCCAUACUUUGGACAUACAGAAUAUCCCACAGGACCAUCACCGUGGAGAUCCCUUUCAUGUUAGCUUUCAAAAUCGAAGCUAUCAUUCCCAUUGAAAUAAGGUUACCCAGCCGAAGAAGACUUAAUCUCGAAGAAGCAGGGCACACCACUGAACAUCUCGACCUCUUGGAAGAAGUUUGUGAUCAGGCAGCUUUAAGAAUGGUCUCUUACCAAGAUAGAACAACAAAGCAUUUUAAUAGAAAGGUAAGGCCGCGAAGAUUUAAAGUUAGAGAUUUGGUGUUGAGAAGGGCUAAAGCCGCUGGUCAUGCUCCGGGAAAACUCGGACCAGUUUGGGAAAGGCCCUUUGAAGUCAUACGACGGCUCCCAGGAGGUGAAUUCAGUUUAAAGGAUACUUCGAAAAGACCGCUCCCAAGAUCUUAG